ACACGGUUUUCAUCUCCUGUGGUUGGAGAGCCAACAGCUAGCUGGUGGCUAACGGAGCUAACAGCAGCGUUUCUUUAUUUCUCACAGUUAUAAAGACGCGGUUAUUGUAAACUCGGUGUUGACGUGUGAUUGUACGGGACUUUAUUAAAUCUAUAAAUUGCUCCCGACAUCGUUUCACUCUUGGUUUGGAAAGAAAAGGCUGAGCCAUGUACAAUGGGAUCGGCCUGACCACUCCGCGAGGCAGCGGCACCAACGGUUACGUGCAGCGAAACCUUUCGAGCCUUCGGGUCAAACGGCCACGAGAUGAACGUGGUGGCGAGCGGGAUGAGAAAGACCGCGAGAGGCUGGAAAGUCAGCUGAACCGGCAGCCCAAUGCUGACAUCCUGGAGCACCAGCGGAAGAGACAGCUGGAGGUCAAGUGUGCCGAGCUGCAGGACAUGAUGGAGGAGCAGGGGUAUUCUGCUGAGGAGAUCGCGGAGAAGGUGAACAGUUUCCGUAUGAUGCUGCAGGAGAAGCAGGAACCGACACCAGCGUCCACUGAGAGACCAACGGUGACGGAGACUCACGCUCUUGCUGCAGCCAACCAGCAGAAGAACGACCGUCUUCGCGCCGCUUUCGGCAUCUCCAGCGACUAUGUGGACGGAUCGUCGUUCCACGCCGACCGCAAGGAGAAGGAGAAAGAGAAGCGAGAGCAGGAACGUCUAGAGAGGGAGAGACUGCAGCAGCAGCAGCAGAAAUAUACGUUGGUGGAAGAUUCAGACGAGUCAGAUUCUCCUCCCAAGAAGCGCAGCCGGAAGAAGAAAAAGAAAAACAAGAACAGAGACAGCUCAGAGAGUCCCUCCCCGUCUCCUCGUAGAGAGAAGAAGAAAUCCAAAAAGAAGAAAAAGAAACGUGAGGUGUCAGAAGAGGAGGAAGAAGACAACAGCUCCUCAGAUGAGAAAGAGAAAGUGUCAAAGAAGACAAGAGCAAACAGCGAAAGUAAGAGUCCUCCAAAAGCAAAAGCAGCGCGACACAGAAGCGUCUCCUCCAGCUCGGCUCACAGCCAGUCUCCACCGCCACUGAGAUCACGUCAACAGGACCAAACUACAAGAAACAUCGAUGAAGGUAGAAAAGGGAGAUCACCGGACAGGAGGAGGCGAGGCUACGAGGAGCAAAGCCCACAGCGUCAAGGAGGGGACGGGAAGAGGCCCAAUCUUGACAGAGAAAAAGAUCGACAGAGUAGGACCGAGAAGACCUUCGCGAAGAGGAGACAUGACUCCUCUUCUUCACCUUCUCCUCCGCCACAGAAAACCAACGAGAGGGAGAAAGGAAGGCGAUCCAGGAGCAAACAGAAGGAGAGCGACAAGGCGAGGCGUUCAAGAAGCACAGAGAUGCCCAAAAGGAGGCGCUCAAGGAGCAUAGAUGCAGAGAAAAGGAGGCGUUCAAGGAGCAUAGAUGCAGAGAAAAGGAGGCGUUCAAGGAGNNUAGAUGUAGAGAAAAGGAGGCGUUCAAGGAGUGCUGAGAUGGAAAAAAGAAGGCGUUCAAGAAGUGUGGACAUUGAGAAACGAAGGCGUUCAAAGAGCCCAGAGAUGGCCAAAAGGAGGCGAUCAAGGAGUGUAGACAUGGAAAAAAGGAGGCGUUCAAGGAGUGUAGAAUAUGAGAGGGAAAGAGCGAGGCGUUCAAGGAGCAAAGAAAAAGACAGGGAGAGAGGGAGGCGCUCCAGAAGCAGAGAUGUGGAGAAAGUGAGGCGUUCUAGGAGCAGAGAAAAGAGGGACAAAGGAAAGGAGAGCGUUCCUCAGCGAACCAGACAUGACUCCUCUUCAUCUCCUUCUCCUCCUCCUCCUUCUCCUCCACCUCCUCCAAGGCAGGAGAGUCGGAGAGAAAGGAGCAGAGAUGCCGACAGGAACAAAAAGACGAGACACGACUCCUCAUCUCCUUCGCCGCCGCCACCACCACCGCCUGAGAAGGAAAGGUUGAGGAGGGAGAGGAGCGGCGAGAGGGAGCGCCGGACUGAGCGAGAUCCGCCUUUGAGGAGUGACAAUAGGAGGAGGCCGGAGAGGGAGGCGUCUCCUCGCCAGCACAAAAACGUCAGCAGGCGGGACGGAAACCCGUCGCCAUCGCCCGUCGCCAAUGGACGCCAAAGAGAACGGGAGGGCGAAAGGAGACGAGAAGCCAACGUGGAGGUCGCUAAGCAGAGAGAACAGGACAGAGAAGGAGGCAGAAGACGAGAGGAGGUGGUCAGGUCUUCUACAGACAGCAGGAGAGAAGGAUCCAGACCAGCAGAGAAGGUCAGGAGCGAAAGACCAGAGGUAAACGAAAGGCAGGAGAAGGAGAAACCCGAGGAAAAGCUGACGAAACAGGCCGAGAAAAAACGAGAGAGCAGCAGCAGCAGUAGCAGUAGCAGCAGCAGUGGUAGCAGCAGCAGUGGCAGCGACAGCGACAGCUCCUCGUCUUCCUCCUCUUCGUCAUCCUCCUCGUCCUCCUCUGAAGACGAAGGGGAAGCCAAGAAAACUGGAUCUGCGAGCAGUCCUGAGAAAAGUAGUCAGUCUGCCGUCGGCGCUGCGUUUCAGAGGUAUUUAGCAAACGGUAAGAAGGAAGGUGUGGCUUCUGAAAGUGACGCUCCCAGACGGUUGCAGAGGGAAGCAGACAAACUUGAGAACCGACCCAAAGGCCAGGAACGCUACAGCCCCACCCAGGCCGACAGCCCCAGUCCACCUCCAUCGCCCCCCAGAAGCAACAGGUACUCCCCGUCCGAGGCCAAAGCUGGGGGAAGGGACAGGGACGGAUCCAGGAGGCCCACCAGGUCCAGCCCCUUGGCCAGGAGGUCACGCUCUCCUCCCCAGAGGACCUCCAACGCAUCCCCAGCCCGUCGCACUCCACCGAGGCAGUACCAGGAACCACCGUCCAGGUCCCGAAGAGCUUCCCCUCCUCCAGCCUGGACAGACCGGGACAGAGACAGACAGAGAGACAGAGACAGGGACAGAGAGAGGGACAGGGUAUUUAGGAGGAGCAGAACCAGGAGUCCAAGGAGGAGAAGCAGAUCAAGAUCCAGAAGUCCCAGGAGGCGCAGCCCCCCCAGCCGACCUCGUCGAUCUCCUUCUCCUCAGCGACGAAGGAGAACCAGUCGAUCCCUGUCCAGAGAACGAGAACGAGAGCGAGAGCGUGAACGAGAGCGUGAACGGGAGCGAAGCGAGAGCGUGAACGAGAGCGUCAACUGGACCGUGAACAGAGAACGAGAACGUGAGCGUGAACGUGAACGUGAGCGAGAACGUGAACGUGAGCGUGAACGUGAGCGAGAACGUGAGAGAACCAGACAGAGGGAGGUAGAACAGCAAAGAGAGAGAGAAAAGGAACGUCUGCAGCCGAAAGAUGUUCCUCCACCUCGCAGGUCCUCCUCUUCCUCAUCCUCCUCCAGCUCCUCCUCUUCCUCCUCGUCCUCACCUUCACCGCCGCGAGAGAGAAAAGACACCAAAGCAGUACCUGAGAGUCAGGAGAAGAGGGAGGACAGGGAGCCGAAGAGUCGCUCCUCCAGAGACUCCUCCCACGCUCCGCCCUCAGGCCGGAGGAGCUCGCCGUCCCGAAGGUCUCCAGCCGGCAGCCAAUCAGACGCCAAACAGCCGCCGAGAGGUGCGAGCAGGAAGCAGCCGUCGCCGCUAGUCCAACCGGCUCCACCGCCAGAGCAAACGGCCAGAAAUAAGAGCGCCAUGAACGGGAAGGAGGGAGGAGACAAGAAAGGCAGCAGCAGCUCCAGCUCCUCCUCAUCGUCCUCAUCAUCCUCCUCUUCCUCGUCUUCAUCCUCCUCUUCAGACAGCUCUGACUCUGAGGCAGAGCAGGAAAAAGGGAAAACAGACAAAACUCAGAGCUCUCACUCCUCGUCCUCCUCAUCUGACAAUGAAAAGGAAACAACGAAAAAGAGCCCUGUUCGGCCUCGUCGGGUUCCGGCUGAUUCCCUGAGAGAUUCUCGCUCACUCAGUUAUUCUCCUCCCAGACACAUGAGGGCAGCAGCGUCUUCGCCGAGUCGCAGAAGCGGCAGCAGACAGUCGCCGAGUCGCUCAUCAGGCAGCCGACGAAGGAAAUGAUCCGACAGCUCGGCGACGCCACACUACUUCUUCUUCUUCUGUGUUGUUUGAACUGGAGGACAACAUGGAUUCAGAGCCAGCGGCCAGUAGAUCUGUGGAUGUCAGGGCUGACUCUUCCAUUUCUUUUUAUGAGCUGAAUAAGAAGCAUUCACAGUUAAGUAACACUGUCCCUCUGUACUUGUACUGUUUGUUGAGUUCUACCUGUAGAUAUGAGCUGUCUGUAUUUUGGUUAUUAUCACGUAACAGAUCCGCGAUUUCCAUUUAAUGUGAACGGAAACAUGUGGUUAAUUUCUUUGUUGAAAAUGAUUAAUAAUAAUAAAAGGCAAUUGUACAUUUUA